AUGAAUGAAGACAAUCACGAAUCGUCAUCGAGCGGAUGUGAUAAUCAAAUCGAGUUCCUUGUCUCCGAAGCCGAGCGGCGACGUCGAGUGAAUCAACGCGAAACCGAAGUACACGAGCUUGGCUACGACCCUUUCUCGUACUGUGGUCGGAGGGUUCAUGUUUUGCUACUCACCAAGUUGAUUAGCGUGUUGACGAUACCCUUCUACAUCGCCAUCGUCAUCUUCAUCUCUUUUUUUGGCAACGCCACAUCCGUCAUGUUUUCUGUGAUAAUAUUAGGUUCGGUAGUGAUGUCAACAUGCUACGGAGCGUUUCGAGGUGCCAAAAUGUGUCUGAUUCCUUUUGUGAUACUACAACUUGUGUUCCUUAUCUACGACUUAAUAUUGAUAGCAAUAUUGUUAGUGGCUGUUGUCUUCCCAAAGAUGUUUCUUUCGGCGCUGCUCAGGUUACCGCUGGAAGAUAUUCCAUUUGGGACUGAUCAAGUACUCCUCGGAUGCAGUCUACUUUUAGCUUUGCUUCUUGCCCCAUUAGUUUGGACGACUCACGUCGUCUAUAUCGAUUUUUUGUUUAUCUCGCAGGUCGACGAGACCUUGCACAUGUUGAAAGAGGCCAACCAAAAAGUUUCGCAAGAUGAUGUGUCCCCUAACCGUAUGAUGUUUUAG